UGGCAUUGCUGCCGGGCCAUUUCCGGAGAGAAGCAGCAAAACUCAACCUCGGGCUACGUAGUUGCAAUUCUAACCCGAGCCGCUUCUGUUCCUCAGAUUCCUUGUCCUUCGGUGGAGUCUUGCUUCUAUCUUGCAGGAGUGUUGUUUUUUUUUCUCUCACAAAAUUCAAGUCGGCCUUUAAACUUAAGAUCCGUUUCUUCUGGUGAAGAGUGUGAAACUGCGUGGUCCAGAUCAAGCCAGUCUUCUUCUCGCUCCACCUUUGAAGUCCUGAGCUUGCCUGACAUCUACAGCCCCGCCUCCCUCGGUGAAGACUCAAGCUAUGUCGACAGGACUUUUCCCACCGGCUCAUGAAGAGGGAAGUUUUGUUUCAGCACCCAGUUUUAGGUCCAAACAGAGGAAGUUGUUACACCUACUUUUGGAGAGAAACGCUUCUUUCACCAUACGUUCAGAUUCCCCUGAAUCUUCUGGAGACAAAUUCCAUGAUUCUGCAAACCUAAGCAUUCUGUCGGGAGGAACCCCAAAAUGUUGCCUUGAUCUUUCGAAUCUUAGCAAUGGAGAGAUAUCUGCUUCUCAGCUUACUACUUCUGCUGACCUUGAGGAAAAUGAUUCCUUGGAUUCAUCAGGACUUCAGGAUGUACAGUUAACUGGCAAGGAUUUUCACCAGGACCUUAUGAAAGGCAUCCCAGUACAGCUUCUUUGUAGUACUCCAAAUGCUUUGGAUCAUGGCCACAGAAAGAAGGAUGCAAAGCGUAUCACAUCUGCACAUAAAGAAAACAUAAACACCAGUUUAAAAGCAUUGGAUUGGGAGGCACCUAGGACCCCAAGGUUUCAGCAAAUGCCUGGAGAUCCUCUGGCUUCUCCUCUCUGUGAGCUGGAAAUGAAGUAUCUGGGCAGUCCCAUUACUACAGCUCCUAAACUGAGUCAAAAUCUAAAGCUAGAAGACCAAGAAGGGACUUCAGAAGACCCGAUGGAGUGUUCCCUGGAAGACCAAUAUGCCAAGGGCGCAAGUGUAAAGAAGAUGGGCCCUCUCCUUGACAUGGCCACCAUUCAGAUGCAGGAGGGGGAGGCUGACUCGGAGCUUCUGACAGGUGACUUCUCAAAGGUGUGUGUGCUGCCAACAGUGCCAGGAAAACACCAGGAUCUGAAGUAUAUCAGCCCAGACACAGUGGCUGCUUUGCUGUCUGGAAAGUUCCAGAGUGUGAUCGAGAGGUUUUAUAUCAUUGAUUGCCGCUAUCCAUAUGAGUACCUGGGAGGACACAUCCUGGGAGCCGUAAACCUGUACAGUCAGAAGGAACUACAUGAGUUCUUUCUGAGGAAGCCUGUUGUCCCUCUGGACAUCCAGAAAAGAGUCAUCAUUGUGUUCCUCUGUGAAUUCUCCUCAGAGAGAGGCCCCCGAAUGUGCCGUUCACUGAGAGAAAAAGACAGGGCUGUGAACCAGUAUCCGGCAUUAUACUACCCUGAGCUGUAUAUCCUCAAAGGGGGCUACAGAGAUUUCUUUCCAGUGUAUAUGGAGCUGUGUGAACCACAGAGCUACUGUCCUAUGCUUCACCAGGACCACCAGGCUGAGCUGCUGAGCUGGCGAAGCCAAAGCAAAGCCCAGGAAGGGGAGCGGCAGCUGCAAGAACAGAUUGCCCUCCUGGUGAAGGAUGUGAGCCCACAAUAGUGACUCUGACGGUGGCAGUGAAGACACUACAGACCCUGAACAGGAGGAGUCAUCUUCCAUGUCGCUAACCUUAUGAUUGUGUCUGCAAACAAGGGCAUAGCCAGGCAUGCUGCAAACGCCUUUAGUCCUAGCUCUAAGGAGGCAAAGGCAGAAGGAUCUUUGAGUUUAAGGCCAGUCUGGUCUACAUGUGACCCUGUCUCAAAAACCAACUAAACCAAACCAAAUGAAAACCAUUAAACAAAACCCUCUAGAUGUCUGUAAGCCAACAGCUUAUCUUGCUGAUGAAGUGCUCCUCCUGAGGAUGGGCUUGGAUUCUAGACGAUGAGCAGAUGUUUGCAUUGUUUUUGAGAGUUCAUAGAGUUCUCUUCCCAGUCUUCCAGAUCUUGCCACAAGCAACUCCUCUGCACAGGGUCUGGCUUACCCUCUUUGUAUUUUCUUCCCUAUCUCAGCCUCUACUCAAAUGGGAAAGUAAAAUUGAAGUGAAGCUAA